CCCCUAAUAGCCAAUCAGAGCCCUUAUUUGGUACCUCUAUGAACUUUUAUGGUGCUUGUGUUGCUCCCCAAAUCUUACAUUUUAAAGUGACUCAUAAGUAAGAAAUGUUGGGGGGCCCUGCCCUACAGCAUCACUGCAAAACAGGUCAGAAUCCAAGAUUCAAACACCAUAUCAUCCUCACUUGGUGCUGCCAACUCCUUAGUCCAAGGCUGAUGCAUGCAAACAUUCUAUAAUCUAUAUCAUGGCCCUUUGCACUUUUUAGUCCUUGUUUUUCCAGUUGUGCCACAAAUUGGAUAGAUUUUUUAGGAUCACUAUAUACAGGAGUUCCAUCAGGCCAAAAAAUCUUUUAGUUUAUCCUGAUACAUCAGUGAAAAUGUAAUAUUUAUAGAAAUUAAUGACUGUCAAUGUGUGUGACUGAUAUAAUAAAAACUUGAUUUUUUUUUCUUUUUUACUUCAGUCAUUUUUUCAAUUUUUUUUUUAUGCUUGAAAAAUUAGAUAUUUUUCCGUAUUAUUAAGAAAUGUCACAGUGACAACUCUAGGCUUGGCUUUAUGCAUGUCUUUAAUUGCAGCAGUCCUGUUUAGUCUUUUCAGCAACAAUCCAUAGAGAUACUAUUAGGUUCAGGGAGAGACCCAGCCUGAGUCUGGCAGUGAGAGAAGCGCUAAUGCUGAUGGGCCUGUAACUGGCAGAACUGGCACUUUGGCUCUCUAGGGAGUGUGUGUGUGCUGUGCCUGCUGGGAAAUACUCAAUUAACUCUGUAAUCACCCCCCAUUCAUUUCCUGAGGGAGUCCAUUAAUGGGGAUAAAAGAAUGGGAAGUUAAAGAGUUAACAGGAAGGUACUGUCUAAAUAAUGAACUUGCCCUGUCCUGUCUGAUACAGGGAGAUAAAAAAAGUCCCACUGGUUAUAAAGUGAGAGAGAAAACUUUAGUUUCAUUCCUGAUUCCAGCGAUGGCGGCUGCUGAUCUGAGAGACGAGCUGAGCUGCUCCAUCUGCCUGAGCAUUUAUACUGAUCCGGUAUCCCUGCCCUGUGGCCAUACCUUCUGCCGGGGCUGCAUUGGGGUAGUGCUGGGUUCCCAGAAGAUAUCAGGAGAUUAUUCAUGUCCUGAAUGUAUGAAGAAGUUUCGGAAGCGCCCUGCCCUGCACAGGAACAGAGCUCUGGGGAACAUAGCAGAUCGAUUUCGUCCAACUGAGACGGGGGAGACUGGGAUCUUCUGCACUUACUGUCUCCUCUCUCCUGUACCUGCUGCUAAAUCCUGUCUUCUGUGUGAGGCUUCUCUGUGUGAUACCCACCUGAGGGGGUACUGCCAGUCAGCAGAACAUGUACUCACUAAGCCCACUGUUUCCUUUAUGGGGAGAAAAUGUUCUGUACAUCACAAGGUUCUGGAGUAUCACUGCUGUGAGGACUCUGCCUGUAUCUGUGUGUCCUGCUGCCUGGCCGGGGAGCACCGGGGCCACAGGGUGGAGCUGCUGAGUGAGGCCUCUGAGAAGAAGAAAGAGAAACUGAGGAAAGUUCUGGAGAAACUGAGCCCAGAGAGAGAGGAGACUGAGAGAGGAGCCCAGAGGCUGCAGGAGCGCGGGAGAGAAGUGGCAGAAGUGGCAGCCGGUGAGACAGAGAGAGUCACUGCCCUGUUUAGGGGCAUCAGGGAAGAGCUGGAAGCCCUAGAGAAUCAAGUCCUUGGUGAGGUGUCCAGGCAGAGAGAGGAGCUUUCUCUUCCAUUCAAUGAACUGAUCAACCAACUAAAAUUUAAGAAGGAUGAGCUGUCCAGGAAGAUACGUCACAUUGAGGAGCUGUGCAACAUGGCGGAUCCACUCACUGUCCUACAGGAACAAUGGGAAUCCCAUGGAGCUGCCUUUUGUGGGGCUGAGGGGUCAGAUACUGAGGGCAGAGAGAGAGAGGAUAUAAAGGUCCCGGCUGUAGGGGAUCUGGAUGUGGUUCGGAUCUCAGAGACAUUACUCACAGGCUUAGCUGGGAUUGUGACUGGGGUAAAGGGAAGGAUCUAUGGGCAGGAGGCUACAGGCCUGUUACUAGAUAUAAACACGGCUGGGAAUGAUGUAUCUGUAUCAGGGGACGGGAAAUCUGCUUCCUACUCAUUUACAGCCCAGCGUCGCCCACAAACCCCAGAGAGAUCUCAGGAUGAGCUUCAGGCUUUAAGCACCAGGAGUUUCCCCUCAGGGCGACAUUACUGGGAAGUGGAGGGCAGUGAAUCAGGGGACUGGGGGGUAGGGGUGGCCUAUCCCAGUAUAGAGAGGGGAGGGCACAAGUCUAGGAUUGGGAAUAAUAACAAGUCCUGGUGUUUGUACAGAUGGGAUAAUAAUAACUAUACAGUGAGACAUGACAGGAAAGACACCCAGUUACCCCACGUCCCUUCCUGCAGGAGAAUCAGGAUCUCAUUGGACUAUGAGGCCGAACGCCUGUCCUUUUAUGAGCUGAGUGAGCCAAUCAGGCACUUACACACCUUCACUGCCUCCUUCACUGAGCCCCUUCAUGCUGCAUUCUGGGUAGGUUGGGAUGAUGGUGACUGGGUGAGAAUCAUUAGUUAGGGCCCUGCCCACUGCCCAGCAGGAACCCCAUUCCCAGAGCUGCCUUUAGCCCUGUGAUGCCUGGAAAGGAAGGAAGUUUCCCAUUUUAAUUAAGGAACUUAGCUUAAUUCAAUUUCUGCCCGACCUGAAUGGAAAUGGAAUUUAUUGGAUUAAACACUUUUUAAAGCAUUUCCCACAUGGCUGUGUAUGUGAGUGAUUAUCGCAGAGGUCUCAGUUAAUACAUUUGCAAUGGUCCCAGUUAUAUCCAUAUAAAUCACAAGCCGGCAUAUUAACCAGAGGGUGAACAGCCAAUUCCCAGUUACACAAUCACUACUCUGCACUCGCCGGGAACCUGCCUGUUGGUAACAAUAACUGCCGGCAAAUACAGAACAUUAUGCAGAGGUGCCACAGGGAUGCAGGGCACUUUAUAUAAAUGUACCAGGCUGAUAAGUCCAAUGCCAUGUUAUUUACUUUAGCAGAGUGCCAUGUUUAGCCAGUCAUGAUACCUACAGCUCUUUAUCAGCACAAUCAUGGGGCACCCUAAAAUCUGGGAUCCAAUGCAGCUGCAUCACUAUCCUUGCCCUUUAGCCAGUCCUGCUAUAAGGGGCUGUUCCAGGGCUGUUUCAGGCUGCUAAAUAUGCUGUAUUUAAGGCACCCCAUGAUAGGGUUAAAUUGCUUAAUGCUGAAUUUAUACAAAUUUUGUUUUAAAUCACGAAGGUCUGAGAAAGUAUUAUUU